GUUUUUGGUUCAACAAUGACGAUUGGAGGAAUAAUUGGUGCACUAGUAAAUGGGAAGAUAACCGAUCUCAUUGGUCGUAGAGGCACAAUGUGGCUGUCUGAAACAUUCAGUGCUGCAGGAUGGCUCACCAUAGCAUUUGCACAGAAUGCUUGGUGGCUUGAUUUAGGACGGUUGUCAGUGGGAUUCGGUGUUGGUCUAAUUUGCUACGUGGUACCUGUAUACAUAGCAGAAAUAACACCUAAGGAUCUUAGAGGAAGAUUUACUUCAGCUACUCAGGUAUUAUCUUAA